GGCAGUUCAGUUUUUCCAAAAUUCUACAUGGUAUCAGAGCCAAUUUCCCGGGAACUUCUCAAACCCUAGGCUCUUUUUUUCUCACGCACGGUGCCGCCACCAUUGCUUCGCCGGCUGCCACACCACGGUCGCCCCUCUUUGAUCGGCUCACGUCGAUCACCACCACUGCAGCGCCGGCUCACGUCGGACUCAUAAUCACCGUCUCACGUCGGUACUAUCUUCGUCUCCAUGGCAAGCGAAGGAACAAAGAAGGUCAGGCUCAUCCACGACCCUACCUCUCCGUACUACAUCCACCCGUCCGAAAGUGCGGGUAAUUCCUUGACGAAGCAUCUUCUUAAAGGUGAUAAUUAUGAUAUUUGGGAGAAAACCAUUAUUAAUGCUCUAGAAGGGCGUACCAGAGCAGGUUUUCUCAAUCCUUCCGGGUUUCCUAAACCCACUGAUGAACAGGAAUUGGCGGCAUGGAAAGCUAAUAAUUCCAUAAUUUGUUCUUGGAUCUGUAACAGUGUUGAUGAACACAUCCAACCUUCCAUUAUCUCUCAUAAAAUUGCUCAUGAAUUAUGGUUAGAUCUGAAGACCAGAUAUGGAGGUUCGAAUGGACCUCGUAUUCACCAAUUGAAAUCUGAGUUUCAAUCUUUGCGUCAAAAGGGACAAACUGUGGUUGUUUACUAUAACCAAUUUGUGACUUUGUGGAAUAAGCUAUAUGGAUCUGUUGAUCCAACGUGUAGUUGUCGGUGUGAGGCUGCGGCUCUGAUUCGGGCGCGCGAGGAACAUGAGAAGACUCAUCAUUUCUUGCUCGGGCUCGACGACGAACAGUUCGGUCACAUCCGAUCUCAGAUUAUUGCCACCGAACCUGUUCCGGACAUACACCGGGCUUAUGCACUCAUCGUUCAAGAGGAACGCCACAAGAGCAUUGUCCGUGGCCGAGAUGACCGUUGGCGUGUGUAUGACCUUGAUACUCAUCGCUUCUUUCACACUCGGGACAUUGCUUUUGACGAGAGCACGUUCCCGUUUGCCAUACAUCACACGCCGGCUGAACCCUCUACCUCCACCCCACAUUUCGACUUUCCCGAAUUACCCCUGCCCGCCCCACUUCCGGCUACCGUCGCUGACGGCCAGCCUGUCCAGCCAACAGCUGCCAUCGAGCAGCCCACCGACGCCCAGCCCCACCCCCAUACAGCUGCCGCCCCUCCGCUUCGUCCUCAACGGCAGCGUCGUCAGCCAUCCCAUCUUAGUGAUUACAUCGUCAAUUCUGUUCAAACUCCCGCUCCAUUGUGCUCAUUGCCUUCCCAGUCGGCGUCUUCAGUCCCACACGCCAAUUGGCGUGCGGCAAUGGACACGGAGCUCCGAGCUUUGGUCAAUAACAACACGUGGCUCAAGUUUGUGAUUGAGAAGCACGUUUCUACAACCAUAAACUUGAGCUUUUGAUUGAAAUGAUUUUCUUGAUAUGAUAUCACGAGUUCAAACUUCAUUGUCAACCAGUUUUAAAAAUUAAUAUUCACGUACAAAUUCAAGCAAACACUGAUCUCGCUUGCACGUUAAGGGUAAACACUAAUCUCCCUUAGGGGCGUUUUAGAGUAUAAAACCUUUCCUGGGUU